GCGAUAAUUUGUAGUGAAACGUGAAUUCUUAAUGGUAUAUCUAUUGGUUCUGUUUGUUUCCCGUUAAGAAAAACAUUUAUGGUCAUCAAAAAUGAGUACUUCCUUUAAGGUUCAAGUAUUUUGCCUUGCCAUUUUUUCUCUAAUUGGUCUAGGUUAUUCAAUCAAAUGCUACCAAUGCAACUCGGGGGUCGAUCCCGACUGCGCCGCUUUGACAGUAAACGACACCAGCAGUAAACAUUACAAAGAAUGCACGGGCGACUACGAGGGAGAGUCGCCGUUCUGCAGGAUUUACGUGACUAACGUGCUGCAUAUACAGGAGCCCGAAAAGGCCGUGAGGAUACUCAGGAGUUGCGGCUGGAUAAGGAACAAAACCCUGCCGCAGCAGGAGUCCUGCAGAAACGACAAUUCGGAUUUCAUUUUGAAAACGAAGUGCCAGUGUUUCAAAGACGGCUGCAACAGCUCGCAUCAUUGGGAACCCUCUAAAUUAUUGAUGGUGCUCUUCCUUAUACUACCCAUUUUGUGGUAACCUGUACUCGUAUACACCUACUUAUUGUUAGUAGUUUAAUCCAGGAAAUAAAACUUUAUUUAACAAAA